UUGGAAAGCUUACUGUAAACAGUUUUUUUUUUUGUAACAUUAAUGGUCAUUGCUGGAUAGUUGAGAUCCUUAGGUGUGAAUGUGUCUGCUGUAGCGAGCUGGUACUGUUAUCUCCUGAAAUAAUUCUAAGUUUGGAGUUACUGUUAUCAAUGCUGCAUGCAGAGCAUUCUAAGAUGGUCUUCUUUGGAUGUUUCAUACUAGUCCAGGAUUUAUAGCUUUUAGUGGAUUAAAGUGUCCUGAUCCAUAAGCAAACUCUCUGCGUCUGGAUUCUUUGAAACAUCCAUGCGCCACGCUAGCAUGUUAUGCAACAUGAAGCAUGCUGGUGGUUUCAUCAACUCAGCUUACUGUGAUAGUAAAUUAUGGCAAAAACGAAAUUUUACUUGCAGAGUUGCAGUCAUGAGGGAAGAAUAUCAUUAUCACAAAAUAUCCAAACCGAAUUGUGCUCUUCCGUCAGAUUUCUUUAACAACCAGAAAUGGGGUGAUUUCAUCCAAUUCCGCCAUUCUAGCUACUAAACUCACCAACACAACCCAAACCCUUAUCGGAGAUUCCCCAAUUACUUUUACCACAAUCAGAAGCCGGCAUUUGAGCACCAUCUUUCAAAAGUUUAUGUAACAUCGUAACCCCACCUUCUUGCACUAUAAUUUAUGUUCAGGUUAUUGUCUCGAGCCAAUGAAGUAAGCUCAUUGACGGCAUCUACAUGGUAUUUAAGCUGACCCAUCUGAAUAAUAGCUACAUAAGGCCAAACCCCGCCAGAAUCGGGUCAUUACUAGCAAUUGGGGGAGGCGACAAAUUCGUUCCGAAUUCAUAACCCCAAUAACCCCAAAUGCCGGGUGAUGUGAAUUGAGUUAUUAUAGGUUCUGGUUCUAGUCUGUUUGCGUAGGAAAUUAGCACUGUGUUGGAAUAUAGAAAAUUCUUCAAAAUUAUCUGCUGAUGGGUCGUCGAGUAAAUUCGAUAAUUUGACAGAAAAGAGGUCCCCUGAUGUGGUUGUGGAAGAUGAGGGAGGUGAUUAUGUGCCGGGUGAAGAUGAAAAUGGCUGAACUGAUGUAAGAUGUGAGCCCGUUGUCGACUUUUUACAUGCUCAAGUUUUUUAGUGAUGUAAGAUGUGAGCCCGUUGUCGACUAGUACGUAAAGAUGGACACGUGGCGGUAGGUAAGGGGAGGGCACGUUGUUCGAGGUUCCAGCUUUAAAUGUUCCGGAAGGGUCGAUCCCGACGAAUGUUUUUGAUUUGUCCGGCGCUAUGAGUAGCUUGUCCGGGGAUUUCUUCACUGGGUUGUCUAGCGACGCGGAUCUGACUAAAGGGUUGCCUUCCCAUGGGGAUAGUGGAGAGGACCUGGCUGAAGUUACUCGAGGGGAGCCCAGGGAGGAUGUGAUUUUGGAUAAGGGAAAGAGUGUUGCUGGGGAUGUCGACGCGUCCGGUCCGACAGCUGUCGCAGAUGUUUGUGUCCAGGGUGUUGGUUUUGGUGAUGUCUGUGGUUCCGAUGUAGUGGGUGAUUCUGGGAUAGCGGGUAAACGUAAGGGGGAGAUGUUGGAACUUCUCGGUUCGAAGCGUGUGAGGGUUGGUGGUGAUGAGGAGGAUAGUAGUGCCGUGAAUAGGCAUUCUCGUCCAAAGAAAUUGGUUCCGGCUCGACGACUUGGGUUGAAGAACCGCCAGCAAGUACGAUGCUCCCAACAGGUUGUGCACUCCAGUUCGUCUGGUGAUGAAUACGAGGAUAACCCGGAGACUGGCGAGAGGAGAAAACGGGUGGGGUUUCUAUUUAGGACUGCUCCCCGUCCGCUGCUGCCAAAUUUGUUGACGAAAGACGAUCAGUGGAAAUUGGAGGGAUGCAGUGUGCAGAAACGGGGUCGUCGUGCUGAGCGAGCUGCGGGUUUGGUUCUGGGGGAAUUUGCUGGUUUGCUGGAUAGUUUGGCAACGGAGAGGUCUCGGUGUUCUAGGUUGCAAAAGCGUGGGCGGGGUUUAGAGCAAGAUUUGGAACGGGCGAAGGCCAGAAUUACUGACGCUGUGGUUGCUGAGCAGGUUACUACAUUGCAAGCUACUGUUGACGGUAGCGCUGGACGGCUCGCUGAAUUGAGCAAGGAGGGAGAGUUGAUGAAAGCGGGCAUGGUCUCGUUGCAAGAGGCCAAUGCGAGUCUGGGGGAGAAGUUGACAUUGUCCGAGGUUGCUCGCAGCGAAUAUGAGGGUGUUGCUAAGUCUCUCGGGAAGGAAAAUGAUGAGCUUAGGGCUAAGCUUGCUGCCGUCCCGUCAAAAGAAGCGGUUAUAGCAGAAUACCGGGAAAGUGAUGUUUUUAAGCGUGCGAUUGUGGAUGCUCGUGUGGCCAGGGUUGAGGCGUAUCGAGGAAGCGAGGAUUUUGACAGUGAGAUGAAAUCUGCUGUGAAGCGUGGUGUGGCUGUAUUUAAAGAUAGUGCAGAGUAUGCGGAUGAAAUGCAGCGGGUGAGAGAAAGUGCAGUGGAUAAUUAUCGGAGCAGCAUAGCUUUUAAGCAAGCUGUUGGGGCGGAAGCUGGCAAAAUGUCCCGACAGGUGGUGGAAUGUUGUAGGGAAUUUCUGAAAGAUGAUUUGCAGCGCCCUACGCAAGAUUUUGGUGGAUUUUUUGUUGCUCAUGUGCGGCGACAGCGGGAUGGUGCGCCUAAUGCUGGAGGUGAUGCAAGUGUUUCAGACAAGUAGCUGGUUUGUGAAGUGUGGCAUGCCGCCACGGGGAUGUGAUGUUUCUUUCUUCUGUGUGUAGCUUAAAAACAUAUUUGUAUUGCUGUCAUAUGUCUUUGUGCUCGGGAACAUGUGUUGCUGUUUCCUCUCUCUUUUGUUUUGUGUUGGGUCGAGAUUACGGAUGGACUUAGCCGUGUUUUAUUGUUUCUUAAGAAUGUCAUUGUGUAUUGUUAAGUAUGAACUUUUUGUUGAAGUAUGAAGCGUAUUUUCGAUUUUUUGUUUGUGGGUGCUAUUGACGCAGAUUUUUGACUGUAACUUAUGAGUGUGAUAGUGUUGAGGUAUUGUCUGUAGGAUGUUAUCCUUUGUAAGUUUG